UUCGUCAUGUCUGAGGAUCGAUGGAGAGAAGAGCUAGACGAUCUACUGAGCGGUUCGUUGGACGUCGACAGAGUGAGAGGUCAUUGUAAGAAACACGAACUGCCAGGAGAGAAGAGAGGCGAUCUGUGGAAGGUAUUCCUUGGUGUGAGUGGAAAACCGGAUUCUCUUUCUGGGUGGGAUGAAAAAUUAAAUCUUGCAAAUCAAUCUGACAUACAGUCUGCUUGUUGGAGUGAGUGUGAGAGAUUGCUGGUCGAAUGGCAGGAGAGCGAAAGACAAAGAAUAGCCACUGAGAUGGAACAUGUUAUUACGUAUUACUGCAAGGCACGUGCAGUGUCUUUUACUUCAGAUUGUGGUUGGGCAGAACUUCUUGUUCCAUUCUUCUCUCUCGGUUUGUCUCGUCAUGAUGCAUACAACUGUUUCUACGCACUUCUCUCUCGUUAUAUUCCUCAGCAGCAGUCGACUAUACAGCUAUUUCGCUGGCUACUUUUAUAUCAUGAGCCCGAGCUUUGCUCAUUUCUUGAUACCAAAAAGUUAAAAGUUGAAAAAUAUCUUAGUAAAUGGACUCGUGGUUUAUUCGUUUCCACUUGUGAGCUAAACGUCGUGCUGACGAUGUGGGACAUCUACUUUGUGGAAUCUAAUCCAUUUCUCGUAUUCUUUCUCUCACUUGUCAUUUUGAUUAAUGCAAAAGAAACUAUUAUGGAAGGAGAGAAUUCUCAUGAUGAAUUAAUAGAAACUAUAUCGUCGUUUCCAUGUCAACUGGGUGCAGAUGAUGUCGAUGAUUUCUGUUCGUUAGCCGAUUAUUACAUUACAAGAACACCACAGUCACUGAAACUAGACUUUAAAUUCCUUCUAUUUGGAUCAACACCACAGCCAACUGCUGGUCCUCUCUCUGAUGACAUCUUCACACGUUUUCUCUGCUUCCCUGUCUCCAUCUCAGAAUUAAUCAGCUCUGUAAACCAACAGACAGAUCAAGUGUUACGUUACCUUGUUGUUGAUUGUCGUCCUGUGGAGCAGUACACGUGUGGACAUUUAGUUGGAGCUAAGAAUCUUGAUCCGGCAUUAAUGUUGCAGUCACCAGCAGAGUUUAGUUCUUUUCUUGAUAAUAUUCUCGCUCUACGGGAAAUAUGUGGCGAGCACAUAUGCUGUUUUGGUAGCGGAAGGAGUAAAGAGGAUCAAUAUCUUAAUAUGGUUGUUGCCAGACUAUUGCAGCAUAACAUCAAGUAUGUCAGUGUUGCACGUGGAGGCUACAGCGCUCUAUACACGGCAUCAUUAGAACACGUGGGCGUGGUCAUUGAGGGUUUAGACCCCAAAGCUCAUGCACAAUAUGGUGUCAGUGCAGCAUCAUCAAUGACAGCCACGACAUCGGAGGAUGACAUGAGUGGUCGUGAAGCAACAGACGGGGCAGGUGGAACGCCAGCAAAGAAAGAGUCGUUGGUCUUUCGUCUUUCGUCUGUCCUUCGCGACAAGUCGUCAGCCGUUAAAGCGAAGAUUAACAAAUGGAUGACAGAAGCAGAGAGGGAAGAAAGACAUGUGAGUAGCAGUGAUAAAGCCAGCAAGAGUUCGUUGUAUCGUGGGGUGAAGCCAGUGUUUAGUAUUGAUGAUGAAGACGAUUUAGAUGGGAGUGGAUCGAGUUCUGGAGAUGAAGAGAAGCACGAAGCAAUUAAUCUGGAGACGUGGAAGAAGCGAACGGACGUCAUACAGACGAUUCCUUGCAAUGAGAUUUCGAUAACAGGAAGCAUGCAUCCAACACACCUUCUACUGACAAGAACUCACAUGUUCGUCCUACACGAUAUUAGCAAUAGAAAAGGCUGGGCGACCAUCCGAGAUCGACAGCUACUCACCAUGAUCGUCAAAAUAACAUCAAAGAAAAAGUAUCCGGACUUAAUAACGUUUAAGUUCGGGUCUGUGUCGAACGAUGGCGUGACGAGUCUGACUGGGCGGCGACGGUUUCUUAUACCGAAGGCUCAGAGGGUGAUGAAGGUGGUGAGGGAUGCGAUUAUGAAUGCAGUAGACGAAGAUAUUUGAGUGAAUUUGAUAUAUUGAGAUGGAUGGCUGGGUUGUAGGUCACGUGGUGUGUGUACAGACGGUGUGUGGGAGUUCUUGUAUGUAAUAUGUUGAGAUAUUUUGUGGUGGUCGGUCGUGUGAGAUUGACUUGGAAAGAAAUGAGGAAGAUUAUUGGA